UUCUUGUGUCUCUGCCUCGGUACAUUUCAUAGUUUAGUGAUGAUGUGGAGCUUGCAAGUUCAUACUGUUGGUAAAACCGGUUUUGGUUUUGAUUCUGGUUUGAGCAGGGAUGGUUCACAACAUACCAGAAAGGCAGAAACAUGAAAAGGUCUGAUUGAUUCAGUCAGUGUCGGUACAAGCCAAAGAAAAAGUAUUCGUAUCUUUCCACGAUUUCUCAUAUCCUUAUGUUUGACUUUGCCUUAAGAGUUUAGGCGUGCAAAGAUUGGUUUGGUUGGUGCUUCCCGCUGGUGAUGGCUCCAAAAUCAACAGAAAGGGCUCAAUACUUUCUAAACCAACAGAGAUGGCUCCUGUUUCUAAGCUUCGCACGGAACAGAGAUUGUGUCACCGUCAAGAAACUACGGAGUGAUCAUCACAAGGGCAGAGAUCCUCAGUGCAUGCCAGCUACGAGCUACCUUCAGCAACAAGCCAACGUCUGUGCCCUGGCCGGUUUAAAAAUCGAAAGCAGUCCAGUGGAGAAACCUCCUUUAGCAUCAAAUGACUCGGUAUCCGCUCCUCCUGCUGGAGCGGUUUCUGGUGCCACUCAUUGUGCUGAUACUUCAGACAUGUUGAAACUCCGAGAGUACAUGCGAGAGCUUGUGUAAGCUAGACGAUGCAUCAAAGGCCAAGUAUAUGACUGUUGCUAGACGCUUAGAACAGAUGCUAUUUAAGAUGGCUAUCUCAAAGGAGGAGUACAUGAACAAGUCUACCCUCGAGUCUAGGAUUGCAAGUUUAAUAAAAGGCAAACAGUUGAAUAACCACAAUAAGCGACAUGCUAAUUAUUCUUCUGUUGGAAGGAUGGUACCUACGACUACUACAGGAUUAUCAAACACUGGGGGUAAUCCUAGCUCGAUGGUUACGUCCUCUGCUUGUGCUAGUAGUGUUGGCUUAGCGCCUUCACGACGUAACCAUGAUGUUUUGGAACUUCGAGAGUACAUGCGAACCCUUGUCUACAGCGAGUUACAUAAACACCACCCCUGUCCAGAUGAUGAUGCAUCAAAGGCUAAGUAUUUACAUGUUGCUAGACGCUUAGAGGAGGGUCUUUUUGAAAUGGCAAACACAAGGGAGGACUACCUGAACCCAUCAACCCUUACUUCUCGCUUGGCAAGCUUAAUAAGAGGCAAAAAAAUUGAAUAAGUGCUGUCAGUUUCAGCAAAAUGAUAAUUCUUCUUCGCCUGGAACAAUGACUACACUCGCUCCUGAAGUUCAUGCUGAGACCACGAUGGUAGUGGUGAUCGGAGAGAAGGUUCCUAAGAGCGAAGAUCAGUUGGAGACAGAGAUCGCAGACAAUCUGAAGUCUAUGAGCCUCUACAGCUGAAUAUGAUCCGUAGUUUUUUCAUUACUUGUGUUACAAGAUACUCUUAAGAUUUGCACUGCUACUGUAUUGCUGCUGCUUCAGCCUUGCUUGUGAAGACCGUGCGUACCAAAUGUAAAACGAGUUUCGAUUCGUUUCCGG